GAGGGCCGAGGAGGGCCGGCCGGUGCCGUCAGUCAGGCAGCGGGAGCCGCCGGGAGCGGAUGGCGGCGGUGGUAGCGGGCCCACUCGCCGCCGGGGGUGAGGAAGCUGCUGCUUCUGUCUCCGUGCCGGGGUCUCCUGGUCUCCCCGGGAGCCGCAGCGCAGAGCGAGCCCUAGAAGAGGCUGUGGCCACCGGGACCCUGAACUUGUCCAACCGGCGUUUGAAGCACUUCCCCCGGGGCGCGGCCCGCAGUUACGACCUGUCAGACAUCACCCAGGCUGACUUGUCUCGGAACCGGUUUCCCGAGGUGCCCGAGGCAGCGUGCCAGCUGGUGUCCCUGGAAGGCCUGAGCCUCUACCACAAUUGCCUGAGAUGCCUGAACCCAGCCUUGGGGAAUCUCACAGCCCUCACCUACCUCAACCUCAGCCGGAACCAGCUGUCAUCAUUGCCAUCCUACAUCUGCCAGCUGCCCCUUCGAGUACUUAUUGUCAGCAACAACAAGCUAGGAGCCCUGCCUCCAGACAUCAGCACCUUAGGAAGCCUGCGGCAGCUUGAUGUGAGCAGUAAUGAGCUGCAGUUCCUCCCUGUGGAGCUGUGCAGCCUCCGUUCCCUGCGGGAUCUUAAUGUUCGGAGGAACCAGCUCAGUACCCUGCCUGAAGAGCUGGGGGACCUUCCUCUGGUCCGCCUGGAUUUCUCCUGUAACCGUGUCUCCCGAAUUCCGGUCUCCUUCUGCCGCCUCAGACACCUGCAGGUCAUUCUGCUGGAUAGCAACCCCCUACAGAGUCCACCUGCCCAGAUCUGUCUGAAGGGAAAACUUCAUAUCUUCAAGUAUUUAACAAUGGAGGCCGGAAGGCGGGGAGCUGCCCUUGGGGACCUGGUCCCUUCCCAUCCCCCAGGUUUUAGUCCUUGCCCUGCUGAAGACUUAUUUCCGGGACGUCGGUAUGAUGGCGGCCUGGACUCGGGCUUCCAUAGUGUUGACAGUGGCAGCAAGAGGUGGUCAGGAAAUGAGUCCACAGAUGAUUUUUCAGAGCUGUCAUUCCGGAUCUCAGAGCUGGCCCGGGAGCCCCGGGUGCCCAGACAGCAGAGGGAAGAUGGCUCUGGCGAUGGAGACCUGGAGCAGGUUGACUUCAUUGACAGCCAUGUUCUGGGGGAAGAUGAAGAGCGAAAUGCAGCUGAGGAGCAGCUACCUUCUGAAUUAAGCCUUGUAGCAGGGGAUGUGGAGAGGACAGGGAGCGGCAGGCGGGAGGAGCCUGCAGGGGAGGAGAGGCGGCACCCAGACACUUUGCAGUUGUGGCAGGAGCGGGAGCGGAGGCAGCAGCAACAACAGAGUGGGGGGUGGGGAUCCCCCAGGAGGGACAGUGUCCUGAAGCGGGGGACCAGAGCCACGGGUGCUUCGGCCUCAUCCACACAGGCCACCUCCAAUGGCCCACCGAAGUCCAGUGCUACCCAACUGGAAGUUUCAGGGGGGCAGGGAGCUCCUACGCCAUCCUCCAUCUCCCAGGAGCCCACCCCUGUGUCUGGACCAGUGACAGCUCCUGUCCCCAGGCCACUGGGCUCCAUUCAGAGACCAAACAGCUUCCUCUUCCGUUCAUCCUCUCAGAGUGGCUCAGGCCCUUCCUCUCCAGAGUCUAUUGUGAGACCUCGGCCGUCUCCUCAGAUUCUAGAUGAGAAGGAACUCAUGUCCCAACUUCGACAGGUCCUUGAGUCACGGCUGCAGCAGCCCCUGCCUGAGGACCUGACGGAGGCUCUCGCCAGUGGGGUCAUCCUCUGCCAGUUGGCCAACCAGCUACGGCCUCGCUCUGUACCCUUCAUUCAUGUGCCCUCACCUGCUGUGCCAAAGCUCAGUGCCCUCAAGUCUCGGAAGAAUGUAGAGAGUUUCUUAGAAGCCUGUCGGAAGAUGGGUGUCCCUGAGGCUGACCUGUGCUCGCCCUCGGAUCUCCUCCGGGGCACCACCCAGGGGCUUCGGACCACACUGGAGGCUGUGAUCCUGGCUGGGGGCAAGGCCCCCCUCCCAGCCCAGCCCUCCUCUGGUCUGGGUGGCUUCCUCCUCUUCUACGUGGCCUCCAUGCUGCUGCUCUAUGCCGUGUACACUCGGCUCCUGGGCUCCUAGGACCCACGCUGCCCUUCAUUCCCUACCUUCUAUUUAUAAGUCCUCCUGUUCAACCAUGUCCCCACCGGUGGUGCCUUCAGCCCCUACCAAAGACACUAGUGUACCCCUCACAGACACUGACCUCAGAAGCCCCACUCUAGUGCCCACAGUAGCCCUUUACCCCACUAGUGCUGAUGGUGCCUUCAUGUCCUCCCACUAGCCAGCCCUCUGUCCCCCAGAGGGAUGACAGACCUUGGCUGUUUCCCUUCUCACCUCCCUCCCCCUACUGGCUGCUAUGGGGGAGCUAAAUUAUCUCUAUUUUGUAGAGAGAGAGAACUCUAUAUUUGUAGGGGAUGUGGGCCCAUUAUGGGCCCCUGGUUCUGUGUAUAAAUUGUAUAGAUUGUCACUUUUGUGUGUGCUGUGUGAGCUCCUGCUGCAGCCAGGCCUUGUCCUGCCUGGGCUCCGUUUAUGUCAGCCUGCCUAUACAAGCAUUUCCCUUUGGAAAUGACAGGCCUCUCCUGCCCCUGAGCCUUCUGUGUUACCACCCUUCUGUCAUUUGCUGACAGCUUCCAUGUGUCUACCAGGAGCGUGCCCCCACUCCCUCCACCCCGCCAGCCUUGCUUGGGGAAUGCCAGGGGAAAACUUAACCUGGGCCCCUCCCCCCAGGAGUCCCUGUGCCAGCCCCACCACAUCCUGGAAGAGGAGGGGGCCCCUGGAAGGGGCCUCCCUCACAUCGCUGCUGUCCUUCACGCACUUCUGGAACAACCUUAGGGGUAGAGGUUAGGGCUCUUGGCCCCAGCCACCACCGGAGCUGUCCUGGGAACAGAUGACACCUGGGCCCUGCCAAUUAACAAGGACUUGGUGACCACGGCCCUGUGUGUAGCACUGCGCUUGGGUAUCUGCCUGCCCUUAGGCUGCUUCGGGUGCAGACCCCGGUCUGGGUGAAGAAUGUUGUGUCAAACACAAUAAAGAAAAGCCCAAAGGCCUGUAGGUUGGCCCUCA